AUGGAAUCUCGAAUUCUAGCAACUACUCGUCGACGUCCCCGCCGCACUUCCGUAGAUGCCAUAAACAAUGCGAGCAGUUCGCGCCAAAUUAAUACACCUCAACCCCAACUUACUAAUACUUUUGUUGCCACACCGCAGAAACGCCCUUAUGAUGUCAUUGAUUUAACAAAUGACGACGACGAAAAAGAUCAGGAGAAUAACUUUAUCGAGAAUAAAACUCUGGUGACGUCUGCUCUAUCGUCCUUUAAUGAUUCGGCUAUGACUGUUAUACAUACCGAACCAACGCCAACAUCAAUGUUAGUCACGGUUCCCAGUGAUGAAGAGUCUGGGGACGAUUCUUCGGAUGAAGAACAAGAAAAUAUAGAACUACAACCAAGUAGACUACAACCUGUCGCCCCCGUACGUUUAAGAAACACAGAACCAGCACGGCCACCGAUAGCCGCUGGACUUUGUGAAAUUUGCAGGGAAAAUUAUACUCGUUUAGAAUAUGGCUCUGAUUUAUGUCCGGAUGCAUUCUGCGUGGAAUGUUGGCACACAUAUCUCAGCAUGAAACUUAAAGAACACAAAUUUCCAUGUCGAUGCCCAGCCCCAAGGUGUCGAUCUGUGGUCAAUCCAGAUAAUGCAUCAAGGCUAUUUCGUUUGCAACCAACAAACCCAAUUGCUAGUACUAGUUUGGAAAAUACAGUGAAUGUGCUCGGCAGUAAAUCAGAAAUUGAAAUUUUGAUACAAAAAUUCAAACGAUUGCAUGAUGAAGCUAUCAUGCAAAACAAAAUUUAUUGUCCAGUUCGAACUUGUUCUCGAGCAUUGCAAUAUGACCCAAAAGUCGCAAGAUCCAAUCUUGAACGUGGUCAUUGGAUUUGUGCAAAUUGUAUGGUACCGUAUCACCAUGGAUUAGCUUGUAGGGGAUUUCAGGAUAUCGAACGCGCGAAAGGUAGUGCCAACACAUUAGAAGAACAGCAAACAUUGACUGCAAUUCGAAAUCAAAAAAUGCAAAAAUGUCCAAAUUGUGGUUUCUGGUCAUCAGAGAUCCGAAAUUUUGUUCUCGAGAACUCGAAUAUGUCAACCGAUAUCGCCGCACCCGCACCUGCUGUUAUUGCAACAACUAACGCUGAACAUCACGAAGCGACCGUUGCUGAACAAAAACAGACUACAUCUGGACUAAAGUCUUUUAUAUCCGGCGGGUUUGGCGGGGUGGCGGCGGUACUUGUUGGUCAUCCAUUUGAUCUAAUUAAGGUACGAUUGCAAACAGCCCCAGCAGGCACGUACACUGGUAUUCUAGAUGUGACAAAACAGACUAUUGCAAAAGAUGGGCUUCGAGGGUACGUGUUUAAAAAUUUUGGUGUUAAUGAGGGAUUCGGCGAGGCGGUAUACUUAAAUAUGAAAGUGCGUAUGAACAGGUUAUACAGAGGUAUGGGUCCGCCAUUAGUGGGGGUUACACCCGUUUUCGCCGUGAGUUUUUGGUCCUAUGAUCUAGGAAAGAAGUUAGUAUACGCCGUAACACCAAAUCGUACGUCUCAAACGUUAAAUCUCGGAGAAAUUAUGGCUGCCGGUUUUUUCUCAGCCGGCCCAACAACUCUCCUAAUGGGUCCGUUGGAACGAAUUAAAGUCUUGCUACAAGUACAAGGUCAAGGGGGCGAAGCGAAAUACAAAGGACCUAUUGAUGCCGUAAGACAAUUAUACAAAGAAGGUGGAAUAAGGAGCAUCUUUAGAGGAUCGGCUGCCACUUUCUUACGUGAUGGCCCAGGGUCUGCUGCUUAUUUUGGGGUUUAUGAGUUGACGAAACGUUUACUGACGCCGAAAGGAUCAACUCCUGAUCAAUUGAAUCCUGGCGCAGUACUUUUUGCAGGAGGAAUGGCUGCGAUUCCACCCGACGUCUUAAAAUCACGACUUCAAUCAGCUCCGACCGGUACAUAUUCUGGUACUCUUGACGUUUUACGUCACCUACUAAAAACAGAUGGACCUGGUGCAUUAUUCAAAGGUCUUGGGCCAGCUAUGUUACGUGCGUUCCCAGCAAAUGCUGCAUGUUUCUUGGGGGUCGAAUAUAGUUUGAAGGCGAUGAAUUAUUUAUGGUGA